CAAGCAGAAAAGUUGAAAAUUCAAAAAUGGAGAAGGAUUGAGGGGGAGGGCAUUUUGGGAAGAUCAAAUAAAAUUCAGAGAGAAAAAGGCGGGCAAAGGGGAAAAUUAACCCAUGAUGCUGACGACGCCCCAAAUUUCGGAACACUCUCACUCUCACUCUCACUCACACUCUCUCUCUCUCUCUCUAUUUCUUUAGGACAAAGUCUCAUAGCCUUCAUUGUAUUCAUCCAACCUUGUCUAACGUUUUCUCUUUGUCCUGAACCAAAAAUGAAAUUUUAGAAAAAGUUUGAUGCUUUUUCUAUCAUCAAUUUGCAUCUAAGCCCCAUCUAUCAUAUUCUUCUUCUUUUUUCUUUUCUUUUCCUUUCUUUCACCAAAUUCAUUGUUUAUCCAUUUCAGACUGAGAUUCCUAUAAACAAUCCAUAGCUACAGGAAACCUCACUACUCCAUUCAGUUUUCUCUAGGGAGGUCUACAGAGUGCAGUUUACAAAAGUUGAAAUAUGCCGAUGGCUGAUAUGGAGAAUAACAUCAGUCCAAACAGCUCUAAAUGGCUGGCAGAAAAUCUUGAGGAGAUGGAUCAUAGUGUUAAGCGAAUGUUGAAGCUGAUCGAAGAAGAUGGCAAUUCUUUGACAAAGAGUGCUCCAGUUCGUCAGAGGAAGCCAGAGUUGAUUGCUAAUGUUGAAGAGUUCCAACAAAUGUAUCGACUACUAGCUGAGCGCUAUGAUCAUUUGACAAAGGAGUUAUUUAAGAGUAUACCGUCCCUUCUCCAAGUGCAAGGCUUGGGAAAUUCUGAAUCUAGCUAUGACCAAGACUUUCCACUGCUAACUCCUGAUGUGAAACAGGGACUGCACAAGUCUGGUCGUCAUGGUGUUGGUCUAGAUAGAUCUCCAAGUUCUGGUGGUGCUAGCUCUGCCCUUUCUUUAAAGGAGGGCAAUGAAUCAUCUUCAUCCUCCUCAUCCUUAUCAGACUCUGAGUCGGAAUCUUUCAACUCCUCUGUCAACUUGGGUCCACGAGUGAACACUGACAGCCAGGUACUGCAGCAAAAGAUUACUGAACUAGAAACUGAACUUCGGGCUGUGAAAGAUGAACUCAGGACUAGAGAAGCUGAUCUUGAACAGGAGAAAAUACGGGGAGUGGAGCUGCAAAUGCAGAUAACCAAGUUGGGGACUCGUGUUUCGGAAGCGGAUAAUAAGGUUGUGAUGUUGUUGGAAGAGUUGGAAGUAAUUACAGAAAGCCUUAAGGCAUCUACUGAAGAUGCUAAUAAAUUGCAUAGUCUGCUUGAAGUGUCUCAAGAAGAAAUAGCCUUGCUGGAAGUACAGUUAGAUUCAGAGAAGAGGCAUGUUUUGGGGCUGCAGGAGAGGAUUGAAAGGUAUGCUGCUGACAUAUCUGACCGUGACCACGAGAAUGGGGAACUAAAGCUUGCACUUUAUGAUGCCCAGGAGCAAUACUCUCGGGAAAAAGCACAGCUGCAAUCUGAUAUUUUAAGCAUGUCAAAUGAACAAGCCUAUUUAAAUACAAGGCUUAAAGAAUUGGAAUUAAGGGGGAAGGAAUUAGAAGAUAAAAUAGUAUUACGUGAAGCUGAAAACACAGAAAUGGAAAGGUUGCAUGCUGCCCAAGAAAUGACUUUGCAAGGUGAGAUCAAUCGACUGAAGGUAGAACUUGCUGAGCGAAGAGAACAUGUGGAAGUUUUGAAUAAAGACUUUGACAGGUUUAAGUUGAAUUACGACAUGCUAAUGGCUGAGAAAGAUGGGUUCAGUGCUAAAGUUAAUACACUUAUGGCAAAUGUGAGCUCUCGAGACAAUCAGAUUCAGGAAAUGGAGAGGCAUAUCCAUCAGUUACACCAAAGACAUGAGGAGCUGAUUGCUGGAUCUGAAAGUGCACAAAAACUAGUAGAGGAAUUAAAAUUGAGAAUAGAAGAGCUACAGAAAGAGGUUGAUAGGCAGAGUGUUUUGAUCAUGGAUGGAGCUGAGGAGAAACGAGAGGUGAUACGUCAGCUUUGUUUUUCACUAGAGCAUUACAGAAGCGGAUAUCAAGAACUUCGCCAAGCAUUUGUAAGCAACAAGAGGCGUGUAGUUAUGGCUGCAUAAGUUGUUUUAGGUUUUUACACUGGUCUGGUAAGCUUUUGUGUCUGUCUUGCUUAUUUUUGCAUGGCUGUUGUAUGUGUUGUUUAAACUUUAAAAUGCUAGGUCUGAAUGUUUGAUUAUAUGUGGAUGGUAUUGGGUAUUUCAGUAUUACCUCAAGACACUGUUAAUGCAUGGUAAAUGUUUCUUUUUAUGUUUUAAUCUGUACUAGAUUGUAAUGAGCAAGUUCAUAAAUUAGCCAUAUUCUUUAUUUAACUAAA